GAUGUCCCCUCAACUCCAGUGCCUUCCCCAACACCCUCUGAAUGUGGUUCAGGGAGAUCUGAAUGCCUUGAGCCCUGCAGUGAGAGACUUUGUUGAACAAAGUGCGAAGUUAUGUCAACCAGACAAGGUCCACAUCUGUGAUGGGAGUGAAGAAGAGAACAGGCAGCUUCUGUGCCUGAUGGAAGAGCAAGGGAUAAUCAAACGCUUAACCAAGUAUCAGAACUGCUGGUUGGCUCGCACAGACCCCAGAGACGUUGCUCGUGUGGAGAGUAAAACCGUAAUUGUGACCCCUGAACAGAGAGAUACCAUUCCCAUACCAAAGAGUGGGGUCAGCCAGCUCGGGCGCUGGCUGUCAGAGAAGGAGUUUGAAAAGGCAUUCACUUUACGUUUUCCAGAAUGUAUGAAAGGCCGUACAAUGUACCUGAUUCCAUUCAGCAUGGGACCUGUGGGUUCACCUUUGUCCAAGAUCGGGAUCCAGUUGACAGAUUCACCUUACGUUGUGGCAAGCAUGAGGAUCAUGACUCGCAUGGGAUCGGCUGUACUGGAGACCCUGGGCAAUGGCCAGUUUGUCAAAUGCCUUCAUUCAGUUGGAUGCCCUUUACCACUAAAGAAACCACUGGUCAAUAACUGGGCCUGCAAUCCUGAGCUGACACUGGUCGCCCACAUCCCUCAGCGCAGGGAGAUUAUUUCAUUCGGGAGUGGUUAUGGAGGUAACUCACUGCUGGGAAAGAAGUGCUUUGCUCUGCGCAUUGCCUCCAGGAUUGCUGAAGAAGAGGGCUGGCUUGCUGAACACAUGCUGAUCAUGGGAGUAACCAACCCCAAAGGCCAGAAGAAGUACAUUGCUGCUGCGUUCCCUAGUGCUUGCGGAAAAACAAACUUGGCCAUGAUGAAUCCGACAUUACCCGGUUGGAAAGUCGAGUGUGUGGGAGAUGAUAUCGCCUGGCUGAAGUUCGAUGAGCAAGGUAAACUGAGAGCAAUCAACCCAGAAAAUGGCUUCUUUGGUGUAGCUCCUGGGACAUCUAACAAGACAAAUCCAAAUGCAAUGCAAACCAUCAGCAAGAACACCAUCUUCACCAACGUGGCAGAAACCAGCGAUGGGGGUGUUUACUGGGAGGGAAUUGAUGAAACUCUGCCCCCCGGCAUCACAGUGACUUCAUGGAAAAACAAAAUAUGGAGUCCUGGCGAUGGAGAACCAUGUGCACACCCCAACUCCAGGUUCUGUACUCCUGCCAGACAGUGUCCAAUCAUUGACCCAAAUUGGGAGUCUCCUGAAGGGGUUCCCAUUGAAGCAAUUAUCUUCGGAGGACGGAGACCAAAAGGCGUCCCUCUGGUUUAUGAAGCUUUUAACUGGCAGCAUGGAGUUUAUGUUGGAGCAUCCAUGAGAUCAGAGGCUACAGCCGCAGCAGAGCACAAAGGUAAGGUCAUUAUGCAUGACCCUUUCGCCAUGCGGCCUUUCUUUGGCUACAACUUUGGGAAGUACCUGUCACACUGGCUCAGUAUGGAGCACAGGACAUGCUCGAAACUCCCCAAGAUCUUCCACGUCAACUGGUUCCGCAAAGACAAGCAGAACAACUUCCUGUGGCCGGGUUUCGGGGAGAACUGUCGAGUCCUGGAAUGGAUGUUCCGGAGAAUCGAGGGAAAGGACUGUGCCAAACUGUCUCCUUUGGGCUACAUUCCUGCAGAUGGUGCCCUGAAUCUCAACGGUCUCAGCUACGUGAACAUGGACGAAAUCUUCAGUGUUGAGAAGGAAUUCUGGGAAGAGGAAAUCAAAGAGAUCCGAAAAUAUUUUGACGACCAGGUCAACAUUGACCUUCCUUGUGAUGUGGCCAAUCAGCUGCUACAGUUAGAAGAAAGAAUAAGUCAGUUGUAA